AUCACACUAUGGAGAGGAAGUAGAACUGUAGAGGAAAUGAAGCAUGCGGUGCCAGCUAAGCUGGAUGUCGGUUCCUCGUCAAUAAUCGUCUUUCCCUGCCUCAUGCCAUCAUCCAGUGGUUAGGGUCGGAGAGCUUGCCCUCACUUUUCUCUUCCAUCUUCACUCUCAGUCUCACUCACUCACCAUUCACCAUUGCCCUUUGCGUCGCUCUAAGCAACACGUCCUUUUCGAUCCACAUAUUCCAGUGUGUAUAUAAGUCAUCAUGCUGUUGUGACAGUUAAAGAUAGUGUGGUGUGGAGAAGGAGCCUUGUGAUUAGUUGUUUGAGACCACCAAGGACGUAAACAAGAGGAUGUCAAACAGUAGGAACACUCAUUGGUGUUAUAGUUGCAGGAGGCCAGUUCGGCUGGGGCGGCGAGAUGUGGUUUGUCCUAGCUGUAAUUUGGGAUUUGUUCAUGAACUUAAUGAUAUUGUCCAUGUUAAUCCUUUUGACCUCUUUGGAAUGGACAACAAUGAAGAACGAGAUCAAAGGCUUGGACUAAUGGAAACAUUCUCUGCCUUUAUGAGGCAUCAAAUGGCAGAUAGGGGGCGAAGCCAUGACAUCAGGGUGCGAACAGAUUCAAAUCCUGAACACAGUGCAAGUUUUGCUCCUCUGUUGAUCUUUGGUGGCCACAUACCUUUUAGAUUGUCCAGACAUGGUGGCUUUGAAGCUCUAUUUAAUGGGGCUCCAGGAAUCGGUCUGACACAGGGUAACACAGGCGAUUAUUUUAUCGGUCCUGGACUAGAAGAACUGUUUGAACAGCUUUCAGCUAACAACAGGCAAGGUCCCCUGCCGGCAUCAAGGUCCUCGAUCGAUGCAAUGCCUACCAUCAAGAUCGUGCAGAGGCAUCUUCGAUCAGAUUCGCAUUGUCCGGUGUGCAAAGAUAAAUUUGAACUGGGAUCCAAAGCAAGACAAAUGCCAUGCAACCAUUUAUAUCACUCAGAUUGUAUUGUUCCAUGGUUGGUGCAGCAUAACUCCUGCCCCGUUUGCCGCCAAGAACUGCCGCCACAAGGAUUGAGUAGUAGUAACGGUGGCGCCAAUGGUAGAAGUAGAAGUGCAAGGGUAAGUAGUAGUGGUAGGGAGAGCCAUGGAAGGAGAAAUCCAUUUUCCUUUUUGUGGCCUUUUCGUUCUUCUCAUUCUAGCAGUAAUGAUGAAGCAACAGGAAGCAGCACACCAACACCAACUAUCCCUGAGAAUAGCCAUCAUCAUCAUGCUGGGUAUUCUGGGUGGCCAUUUGAAUGACUUGGUGUGAGUAUAACAUUUUCUUUUGUUUAUUAAUAUGCUCAUGUUGAUUUAAAAAUCUUAUGUACUGAUGCUGCUUGCUUGGGGUGAAAACGGUUUGAGAUCUGAGCCUACCAGUCUGGAUUUGCUUUCUAAAGUUGUCAACUAUUUUUGUAUUAGUGGUUAUUUAUGCAUAAUUGUUUGAUUUUUUUUUUUUACGAUAAUUGUUGUUUGAAUCUAAUAUUCAAUAUAGCAAGUUUUCUUUGUUUUGUA